AUGAAAAUUGUUCUAUGGAAAGAGUCAGAAAAAUCUUGUGAUCUACAAGAUAAAUCUAAUAAAAAAAAGUGGAUAAAAAACAUGAUUUGGCAUAAACAAAACAGAGAUAUUCGUAACGAAAAUACAAUAUCUAGUGAUCGUAUUGGUCUUUAUAGACAUUCUUUUUUUGGCUUUUCUAGAAAAUUUUUGAAAAAGACUUUUUUUUUAAGAAAUAAGAUAAUUGAUCCAUUUUUCGAUGAUAUAUCAGAAGAUAUAAUAGUUUCUGAUAGUUUUAAAAGAAAGGAUAUGUCCUUAUGGUCUAGAAAAAUAUCACCAGAUUUUUUAUUUUAUUUAUUGACAUUGAAACAAAAAGAUUUUGGUCGAAUACUUUUAAAUUUAUAUUAUCUCAAUGAAAAUAUCAAGAAAAAUCCUUUAUUUUUAUCAAAGGAAGCAUAUUGUAAUUCUAUGGAAUCUAUUAAGAUUAGUCAAAGAAGUAAAUUAUAUAUAUUGAAACAAUUGUUUUAUACUUUUAAUUACUAUUCUAAAUUAUGGUUAACAGUCUAUAUACCUAAGACGGAAUUAAUACUUGGUCUAACAUAA